AUGGCGCAGGAGUGGACCGAGCGCACUGGCAGCACCGCGCUGCGCGGGGCGGCGCUGCAGCAGCCGCCGGGCGCUUUUAUUAGCGAAGGGCCCCGGGUUUCGUCUCGCUGUAGCGGGAGGCAGAGGGGGGAGCGCACGGAGGAAGCCCCGACUCGCGCCCUCGCUCGGCGCUGCCUGCGAGGCCGCUCGCCGGGGCCGGCGGCGACGCGACGGCCCCUCGGAGGCCGCUGCCCGUCCGGGCCUCCCGCGGAGCGACCCCAAGUUGCGGAUUUAGUAGGAGCCGAUCACAGAGAAAUCAUCUUUACCAGUGGCGCUACGGAAUCAAAUAAUAUGGCCAUUAAGGGUGUUGCAAGAUUCUAUAAGUCCAGAAAGAAGCACAUCGUUACCACCCAAACAGAGCACAAGUGCGUGUUGGAUUCCUGCCGUUCCCUGGAGUCAGAAGGUUUUGAGGUCACGUAUCUCCCCGUUAAGAAGAGCGGCCUCGUGGAUUUGAAGGAGCUGGAGGCUGCGCUCCGGCCAGAUACAAGUUUGGUCUCCGUCAUGACUGUGAAUAAUGAAAUAGGAGUAAAGCAGCCAAUUCGUGAAAUUGGUGAGAUCUGCCGUGCUCAUAAGAUUUUCUUCCACACAGAUGCCGCGCAAGCAAUUGGUAAAAUUCCUGUGGAUGUCAAUGAUAUGAAAAUAGAUCUAAUGAGCAUCAGUGGCCAUAAAAUUUAUGGGCCUAAAGGGGUCGGUGCCAUCUUCGUGCGGCGCCGGGACGUGGCCCAGCACGAGAUGGAGUAUGACCAUAAGCGCAUCUCGCUUCUGGCAGAGCGACUGGUUACAAAAAUAAUGAGCCAAGUUCCUGAUGUGGUUAUGAAUGGGGAUAGAGAGCAUCGUUAUCCAGGGUGCAUUAAUUUAUCUUUUGCCUAUGUGGAAGGGGAGAGUCUUCUGAUGGCUCUGAAAGAUGUGGCUCUAUCUUCAGGAAGUGCUUGUACAUCCGCCUCUCUGGAGCCUUCGUAUGUUUUACGGGCAAUCGGGACGGAUGAAGACUUGGCUCACUCAUCCAUAAGGUUUGGCAUUGGUCGUUUCACCACAGAAGAAGAAGUAGAUUACACAGUGCAGAAGUGCAUACAGCACGUGAAGAGGCUGAGGGAAAUGAGUCCUCUGUGGGAAAUGGUGCAGGAUGGAAUUGACCUCAAAAGCAUUAAAUGGACUCAGCAUUGAGAAAACAGCUUAGCGCUAACCAUGGACUAGAUGGAUGUGGAUUAAAAUGCAUUCUCUGUACAUUCCUGAACAU